AUGACAAAGGCUCUUGGAGGAACGAUGUUCACGACUUUCAGAAACAAUCUCAACGUCGUAGAACCUCCGUUCAGAUUGCAGGAGACUGUUAAGGAAGGGCCAACUUCGUUUGCACCUAUAAUUAAAGCAUCAAUCGACAUUGUUGAAAGAAGUAAUGGGCUGUAUCAUGUCCUUGUGAUUAUUGCAGAUGGGGAGGUAACUGAAUAUGCUAACUCAGCAUCUGGAAGUCACAGUCCCCAAGAAAGUGCAACUAUAGAUGCCAUAGUUUCUGCAAGUCAGUACCCACUAUCAAUUAUUUUGGUUGGUGUUGGAGAUGGGCCAUGGGAUAAAAUGCAGCAGUUUGAUGAUAACAUUCUCCAGAAAAAGUUUGACAACUUCCAGAUAUUAUGGAGCAAGGUUUCUGCUUGA